GACGCGAAGAUCACGGAGGCCAGCCUCCCAAGCGCCAGCAAAGGCCCUGGCGGCCCAAGCUGUGUCCAGCGUGCAGUGGAUCCGCUUCGUGCCCUACUCGCGCAGCAGACAAAUCUGCAAGCACCACGGGCUUCCCGAGGUGAAGGUUCAACAACGGCCGCAUCUCACCGAGCCAGUGACGCGGAACGCUCGAAGCCGCACCCUCUGGCAGCCCUUUUCGACCGCGUGGCCCGUGGUGGGCCAAAGACUGCUGAGAAGGUCGCUGAAUUUAUCGAGGCCCAGGGCCCUCUUGAAAAGCAGAUGGAGGAGGAGAGGCAUCGGGACCACGUCUGGCUCUGGGCCUUCGCGGGCGUGCGAGACGACCGCGCCAUCCUCGUGCGCAUGCGAAGACAUUACGAUGCGCUCUCCCGGCUGCUGGUGAAGCUGCUGGGCACCGCGAGAUCUCCGCAGAGAUCUCCCGAAGACCUCCUGCCCGUCUUCGAGGACGUUAUCCUCUCCACCACGGCGAGAGAGCAGCUGAGCUUCAAAAAGUUGGAGGACUUGGCCAAGAAGGGCUUCCACAUCCCGAAGCCCCUGGUGCUUCUGGAGGCUGACAAGCCUAUCUGUGUGUAUUUGGCGGUGGCGGGUGCGGAGCUCGGCCGCAUAAUGGCCACAUGGCCAAAAGCGCAGGAGGCUGUGGAGAUGUGGUGGAGCGCAUUCGCAUGCCGCCUCGCGCCGCCCGCGGCCGCCGAGCUGCCCGAGCUGCAGCACUGGAUGCACGGCGUCGCCUUCGCC